AAGGUUACACCCUCCCAGGGCAAGGAAUGCUUCCGUGCCGGCGCGUGUAAGGUGGCGAGGAAGGGAAAGGCGAUGGCUUUCCCUGAGCCAAAACCGCGGGGCCCGGAGCUGCCGCAGAAACGGUUGAAGACGUUGGACUGCGGGCAGGGGGCGGUUCGAGCUGUGCGAUUUAAUGUGGAUGGCAAUUACUGUUUGACUUGCGGCAGCGACAAGACCCUGAAGCUGUGGAACCCGCUGCGGGGGACGUUACUGCGGACGUACAGCGGCCACGGCUACGAGGUGCUGGAUGCGGCUGGCUCCUUUGAUAACAGCAAUCUUUGCUCUGGAGGUGGGGACAAGGCAGUGGUGCUGUGGGAUGUGGCGUCGGGGCAAGUCGUGCGGAAAUUCCGGGGCCACGCAGGGCAGAAGGUGAACACAGUACAGUUUAAUGAAGAGGCCACAGUUAUCCUGUCUGGCUCUAUCGAUUCCACCAUCCGCUGCUGGGACUGUCGCUCUCGGAAACCUGAGCCAAUACAGACACUGGAUGAAGCCAGAGAUGGUAUAUCCAGCGUGAAGGUGUCAGACCAUGAGGUCCUCGCAGGUUCCGUAGACGGCCGGGUGAGGCGCUAUGACCUGAGGAUGGGGCAGCUCUUCUCAGACUACGUGGGCAGCCCCAUCACCUGCAUCUGCUUCAGCCGGGAUGGCCAGUGCACCCUGGUGUCCAGCCUAGACUCCACCUUGCGGCUUCUGGACAAGGACACAGGGGAGCUGCUGGGCGAGUACACGGGCCAUAAGAACAAGGAGUAUAAGCUGGACUGCUGCCUGAGCGAGCGCGACACACAUGUGGUCAGCUGCUCUGAGGACGGGAAGGUGUUCUUCUGGGACCUGGUGGAAGGUGCCCUGGCGCUGGCCCUGCCUGUAGGUCCUGGUGUGGUGCAGUCGCUGGCCUACCACCCCACGGAGCCCUGCCUGCUGACCGCCAUGGGGGGCAGCAUCCAGUGCUGGCGGGAGGAGACCUACGAGGCUGAAGGUGCCCCAAGCUGAAGCCAGGGGACCCACUGCCAAGGACAGAGACACAGCCUAAGGAGGACCACUGAGAUCAUUUAUUCUAGACAUGCUGCUGACCAAGGAGUGGGGCUGGGUCUGCAAACUAAUAAAUAGGGGAGGGGGCGAGGCUUCCCUGGGGCUGCA